UACUAACGUCGAUAUUAUGCUCUACAUUUCGACUUCUUCUGCCUCCAAAGUACACAAAGCAAGUGGAUCAGUUCGAGGUGCUUCAACCCAUUCUUAUAUCCCCCUACAAUUAAUAAACGAUUUUUCAACUUCCUAAAUGACAAACUAAAGUGCAAACCCUUGGUUCAUUCGCCUAUUCAACAUCCAAAACGAAACAACAUGCAGUAAUGAAAUUUGUAAGAAUGUAGAUAUCCAUCACCCGAAGAGACUGGCC